AUGAUUCUGGCGAAGGGUAGUCAAGAAGCAUCUGCUGACCAUGCCAUGGAACGAAUAAGUGAAAAGGAGUUUGUACAGAAAGCUGAAGAGGAAGAGCGCGAGUGGUCAGAACGAACCGAAGACCUCAUGACAAAUCUUAGCAUCACUGCUAACGAAGAGGGUAGUCACGGAAUAUUACCCCCGACGAAACGCUUGACUCCUGAAGAGGUGGAGUUGAAACGGAAGACCGGGAAAGUUUUCUUCCGACCUAUAGUUUAUAACGAAGGGGAGCUGAAAGACACAGAUCUCAACUCUCCUCCCUCUGCGUGA